CGGCUCUACGUGUCCUCCAGUCAUCCUCUCAACUCUCCAGCAGCAGCUCGGUGGUGUGCGGCGUUUGGACGCAGACAGCCAGGAAUCCGCGUCUGGAAGUCACUUUAUUUAAAAAAACAACAACAACAAAAAACUAUGAGGUGGAACCCGAUCAUUUCCGAAGCUGGAUUUGCAACAUCUGUUUAUUUUUCCCUCGCAGCUGGACCUUCUUUUACAUACCCGAAUUAGGAUUAUUUCUCAUCUCUUUUCGUCGUUUAAAUAUUGAACGCAACGCGGACUGAUCCUUAAAUAACAGAAAACCUUAAGGGAAUGCGGUUUUUGAGCACAAAAAUGUGAUUUCUUCUUCUCCCACCCAGGAAGAAGUCUCGUCGGCAGCACCUCCAACAGCUGGGUCGGUUUGAGAAAAUUAGUGAUUAUUAUUUUUUUUUAAAUCCUCGUAAAGUAAAGCCUGGAUUAAAACGUGGAAUUAUCAACAUGAGAGGAGUUUAAAUCAUUUUUUAAAAAUCCCAAUUUGUUUGAACAAACGGCUGAAGGUUAAAUAUGGAGAACGAGGUUUUCACCCCAUUACUGGAGGAGUUCAUGCUCACCCCUCUUGUCUGCUGGGUGAAGACCGUCGGGCGGUCGACAGUGAGCGAUGGCAGUAAAUUAUCGGAAUAUAUGGAAUUAGUGGAUGGGAUUUACCUGAACGAGUUCAUGCUGGAGAUAAACCCUAAAGCCACCGUGCAGAGGACCAACAAGAAGGUGAACAAUGACCCCACACUACGUAUCCAGAACCUGUCUAUCCUUAUCAGGCAGAUCAAAGCCUACUAUCAGGAGAGCCUCCAGCAGCUAGUGAUGAUGCCUCUACCGAAUAUUCUGGUGCUGGGCCGAAACCCUCUCUGUGAACAAGGUCUGGAUGAGAUGAAGAAACUGUUGUUGCUGCUUUUAGGAUGUGCUGUCCAGUGUGAGAAGAAGGAAGAAUACAUCGAGCUAAUCCAGGUUCUGGACUUUGACAUCAAAGCUUCCAUAGCAUCCCACAUCCAAGAGGUGACUCAUAACCAGGAGAAUGUGGUGGACCUGCAGUGGUUAGAAAGUGGAGACCUGCCUUCUGAGGAUCUGGAUAGUCUGUCCAGGAACUUGGCUUUCCACCUCAAACGCCUGGUGGAUGAAAGGGACACACAGCUGGAGACCAUCGUGGAGCUGACCCAGGAGAGGGACUGUGUGCAGCUGUCUCCUCUGGCUCCCGGUGCCAUCCAUUCUCCAGGUGACUCCCCCAGCAUGAGGAGGACUGAAAGUCGACAACACCUCUCUGUGGAGCUGGCUGAUGCCAAGGCCAAAAUCAGACGCCUCCGACAGGAACUAGAGGAGAAGAGUGAGCAGCUUCUGGACACCAGGCAGGAGCUGGAGAACGUGGAGGUGGAACUGAAGAGGCUUCAGCAGGAGAGUUUCCAGCUGCUGUCAGAUGCUCGGUCGGCUCGGGCCUACCGCGACGAGCUGGACGCUCUCAGAGAAAAAGCCAUACGUGUCGACAAGCUGGAGAGCGAGCUCGGCCGAUACAAGGAGAGACUUCAUGAUAUUGAGUUUUACAAAGCCAGAGUGGAGGAGCUAAAGGAGGACAAUCAGAUUCUGUUGGAGACUAAAGCCAUGCUGGAGGAGCAGCUGGAUGCCAGCAGGACCCGGUCCGACAAACUGCACCUCCUGGAGAAAGAGAACCUGCAGCUCAAGUCAAAGAUCCACGAUCUAGAGAUGGACCGGGACUUGGACCGUAAACGUGUGGAGGACCUGUUGGAGGAGAAUCUUGUGUUGGAAAUGGCCCAGAAACGGAGCAUGGAUGAGUCCCUGCAUUUGGGCUGGGAGCUGGAGCAGCUGUCAAAGACUCCGGAGCUGACUGAUGUCCCCCAGAAGUCUUUGGGCGAGGAGGUGAACGAGUUGACCUCGAGUCGCCUGCUGAAACUGGAGAAAGAAAACCAGGUGCUGCUGAAGUCUGUGGAGGAGCUCAGAGGGACAGCCAGUCAGGAUACCAAAGGACAAAUGACCAAACUCGACCAAGAAAACCAGAAACUUAACCAGAAAUUGGAGCAGCUGGAGAGUGAACUGACGGCAGACAAAGAGUUGCUCCGAAGUGCCGAGUCUUUAAGUACGGAUCUGAUGAAGGAAAAGGCUUUGUUAGAGAAAACUCUGGAGACACUCCGGGAAAACUCAGAGAGACAGCUGAAAGGUCUGGAGCAGGAGAACAAGCACCUGAGCCAAACGUUAUCAUCCCUGCGUCAGCGCUGCCAGGUGGGAGCUGAGGCCCGCGUGAAGGACGUGGAGAAGGAAAACCGCGUUCUUCACGAAUCCAUCUGUGAAACAACCGCCAAGCUAAACAAGAUGGAGUUUGAAAGGAAGCAACUCCGUAAGGAGCUUGAAGUGAUGAAGGAAAAAGGUGAGAGAGCAGAAGAGUUGGAGCUUCAGCUACAGAAGCUGGAGCGAGAAAACGAAAGCCUGCAGAAGAAAGUCACCAGUCUUGGAAUCACCUGUGAGAAGGUGUCAUCUUUAGAGAAAGAGAACUCUGAACUGGAGGUGGAAGGUCGGCGUCUGAAGAAGAAACUGGAUUCUUUAAAGAAUACAGCCUUCCAGCUAGAAGCUUUAGAAAAGGAGAACUCCCAGCUAGAGCAGGAGAACCUGGAGCUUCGGCGUUCAGCUGAGAGUCAGCGGUCAGUAGGGGCCAAGGCCGCUCAGCUGGAAGCCGAGAACCGGGAGCUGGAGAGCGAGAGGACGCAGCUGAAGCGAAGCCUGGAGCUGCUUAAAGCAUCGUCCAAGAAGACAGAAAGAUUGGAGGUGAGCUACCAGGGUCUCGACACAGAGAACCAACGCCUGCAGAAAGCUUUAGAGAACAGCAGCAAGAAGAUCCAGCAGCUUGAGGCAGAGCUGCAGGAAGUGGAAACGGAGAAUCAAACACUCCAAAGGAGCCUGGAGGAGCUCAAGAUCUCCAGUAAACGUCUGGAGCAGCUGGAGCAGGAGAACAAGUCUUUGGAGCAGGAAAGUUCUUUGUUAGAAAAGGACAAGAAGCUUCUAGAGAAGGAAAACAAGCGGCUGAGGCAGCAGGCGGAGAUCCGCGACUCCAAGUUGGACGACAGCAACCAGCGAAUCUCUGCCCUGGAGAAGGAGAACCGCACCAUGGGCAAGGAGAUGAUCUUCUUCAGGGACUCCUGCACAAGAGUCAAAGACCUGGAGAAGGAAAACAAGGAGCUGGUCAAACAGGCCAGUAUUGAUAAGAAGACCCUGAUGACGCUCCGGGAGGAGCUCGUGAGUGAGAAACUGCGGACUCAGCAGAUGAAUAAUGAUUUAGAGAAACUGACUCAUGAACUGGAGAAGAUUGGACUGAACAAGGAGAGGCUCCUCCACGAUGAGAGCUCGGAUGACAGGUUUAAACUCCUGGAAACCAAACUGGAGUCAACUCUGAAAUCUUCUUUAGAGAUUAAGGAGGAGAAAAUCGCUGCCCUAGAAGCCCGACUGCAGGAGUCCUCCAACCUCAAUCAGCAACUCCGUCAGGAGCUGAAAACAGUGAAAAAGAACUAUGAGGCACUUCGGCAGAGGGAGGAGGAGGAGAGGAUGGUCCAGAGCUCACCUCCAAAAGGAGGAGAAAACUCUGAUGCUGUCAGCAAAUGGGAAAAAGAAAGUCACGAAGCCACAAGGGAGCUGCUGAAGGUCAAAGACAGAUUAAUAGAAGUUGAGAGAAAUAAUGCCACGCUUCAGGCUGAGAAAGUGGCUCUGAGAAGUCAGCUCAAACAGCUGGAAACCCAAAGCUCCAACCUGCAGGCUCAGAUCGUGGCUGUGCAGAGACAGACGGCCUCGUUGCAGGAGAACAACACCACGCUGCAGACGCAGAACGCCAAACUGCAGGUGGAAAACUCAACCCUGAGUUCCCGAAGUGCUGCGCUGAUGGCCCAGAAUGCCCAGCUGCAGACCCAGCAGAGCAGUGUGGAGGGGGAGCGAGAAGGAGCGCUGAAAGAGAAAGAAGAGCUGAGGGCAACUUACGAACUGCUGCUCCGAGAUCACGAGAAGCUGGCAGCGCUCCAUGAGAGACAGGCCGUGGAGUACGAAGCCCUGAUUGGGAAACAUGGCGGCCUGAAGACCUCCCACAAGAGCCUGGAGCAACAGCACAGGGACUUGGAGGACAAAUAUAAGCAGCUCCUGCAGAGAAAAGGGGAAUUGGAGGAACUGGAGAAGAACCUGAAGAAACAGCAGGAAAAGAUGGAGCAGGAGAACCAGAGCCACAAAGCUACAGCUGACCAAUGUAAACAACUCAAAGAGGAGAACGACAGACUCAACACGUCUUAUCGUCAGCUGGUGCAGGACAACGAGAGUCUCCAGCUGGACCAUAAGAACAUAAAGAGCCAGUUGAACAGUGCAAAGCUGGAGCAGACCAAACUGGAGGCCGAGUUCUCCAAACUGAAGGAACAAUAUCAGCAGCUGGACAUCACCUCCACAAAACUCACCAACCAGUGUGAACUGUUGAGCCAGCUAAAGGGAAACCUGGAGGAGGAGAACCGUCACCUGUUGGACCAGAUCCAGACCCUGAUGCUGCAGAACCGCACACUUCUGGAGCAGACCAUGGAAAGCAAGGACCUGUUCCACGUAGAGCAAAGACAAUACAUAGACAAACUGAACGAGCUGAGGAGGCAAAAGGAAAAGCUGGAGGAAAAAAUCAUGGACCAGUACAAAUUCUACGACCCGUCACCCCCACGCAGGCGUGGGAACUGGAUCACCCUGAAGAUGAAGAAGCUGAUCAAGCCAAAGAGCCGAGAGAGGAUGCGUUCUCUCACGCUGACUCCGUCUCGGUCCGAGUUCGGAGACGUUUUCUUGCCGUUCCCUCAGGACAGCCAGGACAGCUCUUCUAUAGGCUCUGGCUCCAACUCGCUGGAUGACCCGCUCACGCAGAAGAGGAGCAGCAGGAGGAGAGGGCAGCAGUGCCAUGCCCAAGUGCAGGGCUCCUCCAAUGCCAUAAAAAGGUUGCCUUUCAUGAGGAACAGAUCCAAGGACAAAGACACGGCCAAGGCCAUCUACCGACGCUCUAUGUCCAUGAAUGACCUGCUGCAGACGAUGGCGGUGGCGGGUGUUCCAGGGUCAGAGUGGACGGGUAGCACGGAUGGUCUGGACGGACCUGAGGCUGGAGAUGCUAGCGUGGUGGGCAGCAGCAGAUAUAGUAGUAAUCGGCGCGUGAAGGAACUCGCCUUAUCCACCGACGCCAUCGACUGUGCCGUCCUGAGCCUCCCCAGCUCUGGGCAGAGCAGAACCAAGCACCGGCUUCAGAUGAAAGACAACACUUCCUGUGAGGAUGUUGCAGGCUCCUCAGAUGAUCCCAAGAGUCAAGGGCUGCAGGGGUCUAGCAGAGCACUUGCUCUGUGUCCUGUUCAGAUGAGAGCUAUGUGCAGAGUCCCCUGUAGCAUUUGUACCUCCAGACCCUCCAGUCUCCAUAGCAACAGGACCACCAGUAGCAAUAGUAACAACAACUCCCAUCUCGCUUCUCCUCUGGAGGGCAAAGGCACACUGAACGGCAGGCUCAGCAGACCUCAGAGUGAGAGCAGUGGAGAGUUUAGCCUAAGUUUGGACCAGGAGGUGUGGUCCAGCAGCGGUAGCAGCCCUGUCCAGCUGCCCACGUCCUCCCGAUCCUCCCACCAGAGCCCCCUCCAGCUGCGCAGGUCCCUCGAGCCAUCCAGCGCCUCAGGCAGCUCAGGUCAGAUGCAGCUCAGGAAGACAGGAUCCCCUAGUGAGGUGCUUUCUCUGCAGCAGUUCCUGGAUGAGGGUAUUGAUCCUGCAGAGUCUGGCAGUCAGGAGAACCUCACAGUGGACUCGCCUCGCCUCUCCACUUCCUCUGAGCACACGCAGAAAGAACGCCCCUCUAAGGGCCGUGGCAUAUUACGCUCGUCCAGCGGUAAAGCAACCAUUGGCAGCAUCGACCGGGCCCCGAGAUCUCUGGGACAACCCGGCCGCCCGACCCUAAAAAAGGCUGAGAGUACCCGUGUGAAAGGCUCAGCCCCAGCGCGAACCAGCCUGUCUUCGCAGGCUAAAGCCAUAUCAGUCUCUGAGCGCCUGGACUCAACCUCCUCCACUCUGCCUCGGGCUAGCAGUGUCAUCUCCACCGCUGAAGGAACAACACGGCGCACCAGCAUCCAUGACCUGCUGUCCAAAGACCACCGGCAGCCCGUAUCGGUUGAUGCGUCUCCUCACGUCCCUUCCCCCAAGGCUGAAGUCCGCUCACGCCCAACACCCAGUGAGUACCACCCCAACAGCACGCACCUAAAGGAAGCCCUCUGCACCACCUCCCCCAUGCCCAAAUCACUCAGCUUACCCUGUGGUAGCUUAGAGGAUCCAGACCUCACCACCCUCGAGUCUUUCCUCGGCCCCUCCUUCACUGUAGAGUCGGUGUUCAUGGACUCCAUUUUUAGCGAGUCAGCAGAAAACCUCCCUUUCCUGUCCCUAAACCCCACCCUAGUCAGCAACAUCAGUGGGCCUCCUUUCACAGAUAAGCCCCUCCCUCCUCCUCACAGCCAGCCUAGUGACCUGUUAAGAUCUGGCCUGAAAGAGCCGAAUGAUGGUGCCGAUCCAAACAAUGCGAAUGUUUCGGACCUGAGCCCAGAGGAGAACCAGUCUCUGUGGUACGAGUACGGCUGUGUGUGAAGGAUUCUGGGUCAGUGAACAUGACACCAAAGGAAAAGAGGGGAGGGAGGGAGUGAAAGAAUGGAUGAAGAGCGACUCUUUCUCCUCUGCAUGAAUUUAUCAGAACACUUAUCUUUGUGUGGUGCAUUUGGGUCAUUUUCUGCCUUGUUUUGUUUUAUUUUUUUGAGUUGGGACGUUGAACGCUCUUCCAUCUCUAAACCUUUGUGUUUCUCAUCGAGCUGUUUUGGUGGCUGAAACUUAACUAUCACCUGCUUUAUUGGGUUAAACACCAAACUCUAACGUUUCAGUCUUAGUUAUGACAUUCAUCACUGUUUAAUCUUCAGGAAGAUCCAUGAAAGUCUCUCUGUGCCGUUAUGAAAUCAGCCAGAUAAACCAUCCACCUUCCACUUCCUGUGACGACAUUUUGAUGUUUGAGUGCUUUUCCCACUGUUUCACUAAAGUGCAUGGCUUUGUUCUUAGUUCAUUUUGAUCAGUAAGAUCAAAAUCGUUUUCUCUUUUACUUUGUGUGCACAUUUUAAUGUUAUGUAUGUUUUGAUUUAGUUUUUUCUACCUGUAUACCAGCUGAAGUGUUUUCUGAGCGGGUGAUGGGUGGUGGAUUUGAAUGGUGACAAAAUAACGAAGCUUCUUCCUCUGAAUGAUCCCAAGACAAGUGAAGGUGUCGGGUUACAGUAUUAACAUGAUUUUUGACGUUUGGACAAGUUUCAGAUUUUGUCCAUAUUUAAUUUGGUAUUUAAUGUUUUUUAUGCACCACAGCUUGAGAAUGGGUGAACAUGUUAUUCAGAUUCAUGGUGUUUAAUACAACGACCUUAAUUUAAAACCAGACGAGCACUAAUUGCUGUGCCAGAUCUAAUAAAACCCUUUGCAUUUAGAACUUAUUUAUUCCUGCUUUGUAGUUUUGAACCCAUUUUAAUGUAUUUCUCUUAAGCCACAGUGCAGAUGCAACAUAAACGCUACCUUUAUCCUACAGAUGUGGAAGGCAGAAAGUCUAAAAGCAGGAGCGGGGAGCCGCAGCAAAGCUGCUAAACCCUAGCCCCUCCCACCGUCGUCUGGCUGCCGCCAUGCUGCGGGCGCAUGGUGAGUGAGCGCUGCCUGAGCGGGAGGAAAAGGGGGUUGGGUGGGGGGUGAGUCCUGUCGUUUCCAUGGGAACCCUAAAGCGUGGUGUAACAGAUGUCUUCCAUCAUGCUGUGCACUUGUACCCCCCUGCUUUUCAGCUGUUACCUGAAAGCUCCCCCCUCCUGCUCCUGGAUCCUGAUGAGACCUGGUCUGCAUGGCAUAUGGUCCGUUUCACAACACCUCCCCCCUCUUCCCCCGAGAAGAGAAGCUUCUUGGCUGCAGUGGCACACAGUUUCUCUUCAUCAUGGUGCCCUGUGCUGGUUUUAACUGUAACUGCUGUGUGUUUCAUAAACGUGAUGCUUUGUCACUGCUGCAUGUCUUUGGUGUAACGCUGAAAUGCUUCCCCUCUCUAUGCAUGUAGAUCCAAGCUUCCCCCUGUUGUUUUCCUCAGUUUUUUUUCUUCCUACAGCUUCUCUUUUUGUACUUUUGUAAUACAUUAUCUCCUGUUUUUCUAACAUCUGUCAUCUUUCUUUUCCAAUUCUUUGCACUUCUCUGCUGGCACGGGACUCAGAGAAAGGUGGCCUUGGAGCUGUGUGUCUGAAGUAGAGCUAAUCUUCUGCAACCAGUGAUUGUAUAUCCUAUCAACUUCUUAAUCGAGAAAAGUGGCUUCCUUUUCUAUUCUUUUUCCUUGAAUCAAGGAUACGACAGUGAAACAUGACAAAAUGUUGACUUUUUUUUUCUCCCCGAAAGACUAUUUUGGAAAAUUGCACUGCCACUUAUGUUUCAGCGUUGCAGAUUUCUUAGACUUAAGUGGUGCUAAUGUUCACACAACAGACAACCUUGAAAUAGACAUCUGCCCAGUGUCGUGGUUUUGGGCAGAAUGCACAAAGACAACAUGAAGCAUGUCGGCACAAAACCAUUCUGACCACUGUUUCAGAGUGAAGAAUCAAUCUGCAUGGAGCAAUCAGUAGCCUCACCCCCUUUAGCCAAUCUAAGAGGAUGUUGUUCAGACGAGAACUUUAGAAGCCAGGAGGCUUGAUGCACUUGGACGUAAGCCAUGCCAGCUCAGCGACUGGCUCCUGCCAAUCUGGAGUGAAGUUUGUUUGAUCUGAGCGAGAUUGAUCACGGCAACGUUUCGGGUCACCUAUGAAACUUGACUGAAAUCCUGCUUCAUCAUAGAUAAACUCAUUCAUCAAUUCAGUCCUGCUCUGAUGUAGAAAGGAACAAGAAAUGAAGCGUAUUUUUUUUUAUUCUUGAGAAGGGACAUGAGUGGCUGUGUCUGACUGGAGUACAGGUGAUGGGUGACUUGCCCACUCCUUUAGGCAAAUUUCUGUUGUUGUGUUGAACAUGAUGGUGAAAAUGAGACCCGGUGUGUUAUUUUUUUCCCCUUUCCACUUUUAUAUGAGUCCAUUUGAUUCAAUUAAAAUUCAUCAAGAUGA